AUGUCAGGAAGCAAAGUGUUGCUAACGUAUAAGCGAAAGGGGCAAUCAAGAACAGAUCCUGUACAGGGACAUGAGUGCCAUAAUUCACUUUUUGUUGCUCCCGAUGAUACUUCUUUAAGCAAACCACCAGACUUGCAAGUUCAUUUGAUUGAUAAGCAUUCACCAGAACAUUAUAACAGAAAUUCUGCGGUAUGCCAUGUAUGUUUUGUGUGCUGUGUCGAGGGUAACCUGAAGCACUGUGGCAAAUGCCUUCAGUCGUAUCAUCUCCAAUGCCUAGAUAAGCCCCAUAAAGAAAAGAAACACAUUGAAGUAUCUGGCACAAGACAAAUACCAAUUAAAACCUUUCCGACAAGUCUUGAUGAGGUUCCCACCCAAAGGGAUGCAUAUGGGAAUAAGUCUAGUGGCAAGAAAGUUGGCUCAUCUUCAAAUGCUAAUGCUGGAGCAUUGGUUGAUGAUAAUAAUGUUGGAGGGAGGUUAGUUUCUCAAUUGGUGAUGAAUUCCGCUGUAAUUACUGCUGAUUUUGUCAGACAAAAAUCAUCAUCAGCCGCAGCAGCAUUUGAAAGAAAAAGCAGCUCUGAAUGUGAUGGUAGCUCGCCAAGAUUGAAUACAUCAAACUUAGAAGACACUGAUUCAUUCUCUAGAAAUAAGUUAGAUAAAUUAGGUGGUGAUUCAGCUGCGCAAAACAAGUUGACCACCCCAUUGGUUACUUUCUGCCGAAGGAAUAAAAGAAAAAAGGAUAUGGAUGAGUCUAAUAUACAAAGGAAAUCACUGCCUGUGGAAAAUAGCUGCUCAUUGAUAACCAAAUUGAAUAAUUCUGUUUGUACUAAUACCAGUUCUUAUGAAGAAACUUCCCCUGAAAACUGCUCAGUAGAUCGUGAAGCAGAUUUGAAGCACUCCAGAGAGAUCUUUGAUUUUACAUAUGCUCAUGCUGGAUCUGCUGCCGCUGGAACUAAAAUUUUGAUGCAUGAAGAAGAACAACUGCAUGAUGAGGAAAAAACAGGCAGUGACGCCUUACAACAGGCUGGAAAAGUUGGCCAGAAUGCUCCAAGUGCAAUGGAUGUUGAAGUUCUUUGCACGGAUCAUUUAAGAAAAAGUAGUGAUACUAGAGACUCCUCUUCUGAAGCUCAAGAUUUAUCAAGUGAUGAUUUUAAAGCAACAGAAACCCCUCAUUUUGGCAGAUCACUUCCUUAUUUGGACUUGUCUGUUAUCCCCACUGAUUCAUGUGGCACUGUGGAAUGCAAUGUUGACUUAAACUUGAGUUCUCAGAAGCAACCUGACCUGGCUGCGCCAAAAACUAUGUGGGACUCCUUGGAUUCUACUAGCAGAAAUAAUGCCACUGUAUUGCAUGAACUGUCUCCUCCAGAAAUGUCAGCUGCGAGAAUUGAAAGAGUAGAAACUCAUGCUUCACGGUUACACAAAGAUGCAUUUGAAUUUUUAGAAGUUGGUGACAGCUGCAAAGAUGAUGAUAAAGUUAGUCCUCUAUUUCCCAAGGAAAUUACACCAAAAAACCAAUGUCUUCAGCUAUUUUCAGAAGAAAAAACCAGUGACAUUUUUCGCCCAGUGACAACACAGCCUGUGGUGGCGUCUUCUAUAGCUUCAGAACAAAGAAAAAUUAUUCAGUUGGGAGGCAAAAAUAAUCAACCAGAACAAGAAUCUCCUCUGUUACUAGGUCUAUCCUUACCAGAAAACCCUUUAACUGCAGGAUGUGCAACCAAUACCUGCUUCAGUGCAUUUCCCUUCUUGAACUCUGUCAUUGAAACCAGAGAAUUUAUCCGAGAUGCAGCACUCCAAUCUUCCUCGAGCCAUUUAUCAUCAGUAUUGAGACACAAGCUUAUGCAUGAUAGCAUCGCAAGCCGAGCAAGAGCUUUCAAUGAAUGGAGUAGUUUUCAUGACAAAUAUAAGCCAUAUAGUACCAUGUGGUCUGAAGAGGAGUUGGAUUUUCUAUGGAUAGGUGUGAGGAGACAUGGAAGGGACAAUUGGGAUGCUAUGUUAAGGGAUCCAAGAUUGCACUUCUCAUCAAGAAGGGUAGCAAGGGACUUAGCUGAGCGGUGGGAAGAGGAACAGUCAAAACUUUUGAGUGGCAUAUGUGUCCCUCAAUUCAAGUACUCGAUAGCACAAGGCAGUUCUUUGGACUACCACUACUUCUUGGGUCCAAAAACAGGAAUCUGGAAAGAAAAUACAGCGGAUGAACCCGGACUUUCAUUUGGCAAUGUUGAUGCUUGUAGAGGAGGUAAUGCCUGGAGGAGGCCACUAUUCCAGCCGGCUUAUACUUGCAAUAAUGGCAAUGAACACCUCCAGAGGCCUAUUAGUUACACAAAGAGGACAUCUCAUUUUGGUUUCCGAAGGGAGAAGUAUGACGAGGAUGAAUUUAGUAUUUUAAGUAGAAGUAGGAGUAUGGCAAAGGGCAAUUUACUAUCAACUAAUGGCCCCACAACUUGCGUUGGAGCAAAGGGAAACUUGCCCCACUGGCUCAGAGAAGCUGUUGUUGCUUCCCCAGUGAGCCUGACAGAGCCAACUCCACCGUCAACUGUUUCAUUGAUUGCUCAUCCAGACAUUUUGAAUGUCACCUAUCCUGAUUUUGAUCGUCAGGAAUCACAUUUUGUACCUAGGAAUGAAACGCAGUUUACAAUGGGUGUUUUCAGAGAAAACAACCUACAGCCAUUAAGUACUAGUCCUCUUUCCAAUUACCCAUCAGGAAUAGGACUUGGAGGACUCAGGAUGGCUAAUCUGAGAAGGGAUUAUUCUCGUCAUGGGGGUAAGCAAGAAGACUUGAUUGUUAUAGACAGCGAUGCUUCUUCUGAAGAGACUAUAUCUGAUGAUCGUAGUGCUAGGGUGUAG